AAGAAGAAGAAGAAGAAGAAGAAGGAGGAACAGAAUGCGUUGAAGAUGGCGGACUGUGAGGCGAGUGCAGAGUCUCUACAGGCCUCCAGGGCCGAGCAGGACUCUCUGAAGUUGUCCGAGCUGUUUGAGCGCGGCUGGAGCGCGCUGGACGAGCUGGACAGCACACAGGACCCUCUGUCCAGUCACGGGAUUCAGGACCGAGUGCAGCGGGCCAUUCGCGGCCUGGAGACCGCCUCCAGGAGAGUGGCGCAGCUCGAGCUUUUCAGCCGUAACGAGGAGCUGGAGGAAGUGUGCACCUCUGAGCUCAAGUACCUGCUGCUCCCUGCGCUGCUGGGAGCACUGACCCUGAAGCAGACGAGCCGGGAGCGCCGCCUGGAGAUACUACAAACCGCUAGAAAUUAUUUUGUGGACUACCUGCAGAGGUGCAAAAACUACAACGUAUCCCAAUUCAACAUACCCAAGUGUUUUGGGGAGUCUGAAGCGUCUGGACUGGGCCAGCCUAACCUUGUGGCCAUGGCAGCACAGAGACAGGCCAAGAUUGAGCGCUAUCGUCAGAAGAAGGAGGUGGAGGCUCAGCUGGAGGCAGUAAAGAAGGCUGUGGAGAGCGGGAAGGCAGAUGAGGAGACCAGCCGUCAGUUCUACCUGCUUCACCUGCGCAGGUGGAUCAGCCAGAGCCUGGAGGAGGUGGAGAGCAUUGACCAGGAGCUGCCCAUCCUCAAGAACAUGGGUGCCCUGAAGAGCCCGCGCCCGCCCCCACCCAGCCGACCACCCAUGAGGCCCUUUAUCCUCACCAAAGACGCAGUCCAGGCCCAGGUGUUCGGGGCGGGUUAUCCCAGUCUGCCCACCAUGACUGUAGAUGAGUGGUACUCACAGCACCAGAGCCACCAUGUCCUGCCUGACCAGGGAAUCCCACGUAAAGUGGCUAUGGAGGAGGACAGGGACACAGUGGAGGUUCAGGAGGAGCAGAAGGAGAAGCAGAUUGAAACAGACGACCAGGAGAGUCUACAGAAAGCCCGCAGUUGGGACGAUUAUAAAGACACUCACCGAAGAGGCUACGGAAACCGCCACAACAUGGGCUGAACAAAGAAAAACACUGAACAAAACCAAGCGUUCUUGUAUUUACUGGGGUAAUUUUAUUAAAGGUUUGACAAAAU